AGUCUCCCUCCUCUUAAGAUUCCAGUUUCCGUUUCCAAACAAUACUGCACGAGUCAAGAAAUGAGAGAUAGAGAGAUUUAGGAGCGCUCUCCCCUCUCCUCAGAAACACUUGGAAGCCGCCACCGAUGCAUUCUUAAACGGAUGGCAGUUUUGUCUCGCGACUUCUCCCUGCAGCAUCCAAGCUAGGUUUCGAUCGGAACAAAUAUGCUGAGAAAGAAUAAUGAUCCCGGCAACCAGAUGGAAUCAUCACCGGUUUCUAGGAGAGGGUAUGAGGGUGCCUUCCCAGCUUUGGCACUUGGUCAGUUCAUGUUAGAGGAUCAAGAGCAAGAUGAUCUCCUGGAUGAUCAGAUGAUGGAUCAGCUGAUUCCCGACGUCGAUGAAGACUUCGCUAACACGCCAGGAAGUGAGCCCACGGAGGGAGCUUCCGAGGACGAGCUGCAAGAUCAUGGAAGCCGCGGUAAGAGGAAGCGGCACCACAGGCAUACUCCGGAUCAAAUUCAACGGCUGGAGGCGUUCUUCAAGGAGUGCCCGCACCCUGAUGACAGGCAGAGGAAUGAGCUCGGCCGAGAGCUGGGAUUGGAGCCUCUCCAAGUGAAGUUUUGGUUCCAGAACAAGAGAACUCAAAUAAAGAACCAGAGUGAGCGGGAGGAAAACCAAAGGCUCAAGGAUGAGAACGACCGGCUGCUAUCCGAGAACUUAAGGCUCAAAGAGGCUCUGACCGGUGCCUGCUGUCCCAACUGCGGUGGCCCUCCUCAUCUCGGUGAGAUGUCGAUCGACGAGCAAGAGCUGCAGGCCGAGAAUGCUCGUUUACAGGACGAGAUCGGAAGGAUCUCGGCGAUAGUCGCAAAGUACGCUGGUCAGCAGCUGAUGACCUUCCAAACGCCUUCGUCUUCCAUGGUUGGAGGCUUUAGGGCCCAACCAGAACCAGACAUGACACUAAAUGACAGCUCCAGAGGCGGAGAGGUUGUUUUCAGGCCUCACGAUCGGCGAACCGAGAUGGGAAGACGGACGGCAUUAGCAUUAGCACAAGUCGCUGCGGAGGAGCUUCUCGCAAUAUCUCAGCUGGGCGAGCCUAUAUGGACUUGGGGCUACGACGGUUUCCGUGAAACCUUGAACCAGGAAGAGUACGCUCGGGCAUUUCCCGGAGGGCUCGGGCCAAAGAUGGAAGGCUUGAGAACCGAAGCAAGCCGCGAGACCGCAGUCGUUCGCAUGCACACCGGGAGAUUAGUUGACAUCCUAAUGGAUGUGAGUAAAUGGAGUGUGUUCUUCUCCAGCAUCGUCACAAGAGCGACCACCGUGGAAAUGUUUGCGACUGGAGUAGGAGAGGGCGGCUACGACGGCACUCUGCAAUUGAUGGCUGCUGAACUACAAGUUCCAACCCCUCUCGUUCCUCUCAGAGAGAGCUUGUUUCUAAGAUACUGCAAACGCCAUGACGGACUCUGGGUGGUGGUUGAUGUUUCUAUGGAAGUACGUCUCAACCCGAUGGCUCGGUACCGAAGAAGACCGUCGGGCUGCGUAAUACAACAACUGCCAAAUGAUUACUCCAAGGUGGUAUGGAUCGAACAUGUCGAAGUGGAUGACAGUGGUGUUCAUGACAUGUUCAAGUCGAUGGUGAACUCCUGUCUAGCAUUCGGAGCUAAAAGAUGGGUAUCAACAAUGACGAGGCAAUGUGAGAGGUUAGCUUGCCUCUUAGCCACGAACAGCUCCAGUGCUGAUAUAGCCGCAAAUCCUGAUGGAACGAGGAACAUACUCAAGUUAGCUGAGAGGAUGGUGGUGAGCUUUUGCAGUGGUGUAAGUGGGUCUGUGGCUCACCACUGGACAAAUAUAUCCGGGAACGUCGCAGAUCAUGUUAGGAUCAGAAGCAGAAACAACGAUGGAGAUCCAGGGAGGCCUCCCGGAGUUGUUCUGAAUGCAAGCACGUCCAUCUGGUUGCCAAUUACCCCGAAGAGAGUCUUUGAGCUCCUGCGGAGUGAGUCCUUACGCAACGAGUGGGAUAUUCUAUUGAAAGGAGGCAUGAUUCAUGAAGCAGCUUGUAUAGCCAAUGGCCAACAAGGAGGCAAUUGUGUCUCCAUAUACACCGUCGGACUCCCUGAAGAAGAGACCACCAACAUGAUGAUACUUCAAGAGAGCUGCUCCGACCCAACUUGCUCGUACGUGAUUUAUGCUCCUGUCGAUGCUGCUGCCAUCGCUGCGGUCCUCAGUGGUGGAGACCCCAACCACGUAGCGCUGCUGCCUUCGGGCUUCGCCAUACUCCCCGAUAGGCCUUCUUCCGCGGUCGACCAUGAUGGGGAGACUGACUUGGGGGGGGGUUCCCUUCUGACCGUGGCUUUUCAGAUCCUAGUAUUCUCGGGUCCCGGUUCCAAGAUAUCCCGUGGGUUUAUAGCGACAGUCGACGGUCUUCUAUCCUGCACCUGUGACAGAAUCAGAACCAUUCUAUCGGGCAACAGUGUUCGCUGACGCAGGAGGAAAAAGAGGAUCCUUCAUCGAGGAGAACCACUGGGACU